AUGGCCGAGGGUAGUGCGGACCAGCGGAUUUUAGUCCAACGAGAGCGUCGGCAAGGAGAUGUCAUAUCCUCACAUCGGGCAAUAUUGACCUUAUCAAAGUCUAUGUUUAAUGCUGGAUGUUUUUCGUUGCCUUAUGCGUGGAAGUUGGGAGGAAAAUGGGUAAGUUUCUUUGAUAUUGUUUUAUGUGUUUAGAUGGAUGUGGUAGUUUUUGAUAUAACAAUGAAAACUGUUGGUGGUUUUGGCUAAUUUUUGUUUCAAAAAAUGUAUCAGAUUCUGAUGGUGAUGAACGAAAAACAUCACAUUUAUAUAAUGCUAUUUUAGGUAUCUUUUGUGCUGACAUUCGUAAUCGCUGGAUUGAACUGGUAUGGGAAUCACAUUUUGGUCAGAUCAAGUCAACAUUGGGCUAAAGAGUAGGUUUUGGUGUCUUUUAAAGAUAAAGAGAUAUCUACUUUAUUACUUUUAAUUUGGUUUAUUGUCUUAUUUAAUGUUUUGCUAAGUUAUACAUUAAUAUUGUUGUAGAACCGGUGUCCCAGCUUUGGAUUAUGGGCAUUUUGCAAAGCGUGUUCUAGAUGCUUGUGAAUUUCCAUUUCUCCGAAGAAACUCAAAAAGGCUCAUGUACUUUGUCAACAUCACAAUCCUCUUCUAUCAGCUUGGAAUGUGUUCAGUAGCUAUAUUGUUCAUCUCAGACAAUAUGGUAAAUCUACUUGGGCAUUGGUUUGAUGGAUCAGAUCACACAAAGACUGUAAUUAUGGCAACAAUUGCUAUUGCUUUCAUUUUGGUAACAAACAUGUUUACUGAGAUGAGAGUAGUCAGUGCAUUUGCCAUGGUAUCUUCGGUCUUCUUCAUCUUGGGUGCUGUUGUUAUCAUGAACUACACUGUGCAACAACCGAAUCAUUGGGGUAUAUUGCCGGCUUACACUGAUUUUAGAGGCACAAUAUUGUUUAUUGGCAUGAGUAUGUAUGCUUUUGAGGGACAGACUAUGGUAAGAUAUUUAGUUAUCUUAAAUAUAGGUAACUAUUACCUUGAUAUAGGUAAUAGUUGAAAACGAUUAGAAAAGGUUGUCUUUUUAUGCUCAAAAAGUGAUUACUGACAGUGUAAAGUGAUAUUAAUGUUAAAUUUAUUUUUUAGGUAUCAAAAAUAUAUUUUCAGAUUUUACCAGUCGAAAACAAGCUAGAGAACCCAGAAGACUUUUUGGACCACUUCGGUGUAUUACCUACCACAAUGUGUCUCUGCACAUUAUUUAUGACAGCUAUCGGAUUCUAUGGUUAUAAUGGAUUUGGUGAAGCCAUUAAGCCAACAAUCACAAUGAAUGUACCUCUGAAGGGAUUGUAUUCUGUUGUCAACGUCUGUUUGAUGAUUCAAGCGACAUUGGGACAUUCGAUUGCUAUGUAUGUUGUGUUUGACAUGUUCUUUAAAGGAUUCAACAGGAAGUUCAGUGCCAGAUUUCCGAGUGUUCAUAAACAGGUAAGAAUUGCGGAUAUUGUAGUAGGAUGUGUGUGUUUUAAUAAAACUUUAUCAAUAUUAUCAUUUUUAACAAUAUUUGGAGGAUAUUGUAGUAGAGAUAUUGUAGUAGAGUAUUGACUUAUUUUGGCAGUUUUUAACGUUAAAAUGAAUUUAACAAGUUUAAAGCCUCUUAUUUUAGGUAGUAGACAAAGGAUUCCGCAUCUUCUGGGUCAUGUUAACCUACUUUAUGGCCAUUCUCAUCCCGAAACUUGAAAUCAUGAUCCCAUUGGUUGGUGUCACAUCAGGCACGCUGUGUGCUUUGGUAUUUCCUCCGAUAUUCCAGAUGUUAACGUUCUGGAAGGAAUGGAAAGAAAAACUAACACCGCGACAAAGGUACACACAGUUGGGUAUCAACUUCACGGUAAUCACGAUAGGGUUCUGUGCGAUUGCGGCUGGUCUAUAUGCGAAUGUGUACGAGAUUAUUGAGGCUUUCCAACCACCAAUACCUAUUUAA